ACAAGAACAAGAAAAAGCAAUGGCAAUUCCUCUUUCUCCGGUCGUUCGUGGGCAUUUUGCGAGAAAACUUUUCGCCGCAUUUAAAAACGGAGGCAUCAAAGCAUGCGAAACGCGUAAAAGCUGGAUUUAAGGGACCGCGAGUUAUGAACAACCAGGGCUAUGGCGGCAUCCAGUGGAUUCAGCACUCCACCGCGCCGGACGUUUGUGAGGUGGAAGUCCUAGAGAACGGAGCCGAGAUGGCCGUUCAAGAGGCGGCGUCGGCGUUUGUCGACGAUGGUGGCGAGGAGGAUGCGGAGGAGGACCUGGACCAUAUGGCUGCCGAAAACCUCAUCUUCAUGGCUCGCGAAGGCCAGCUCAGCGAGAUCAUAGCCGCCAACGAGGCUGGUGGGGCCGUUCUGGUCACCUCCGAUGGCACGACCGUGGCCUACGCAGGGGCCUUCGACGACGACGCCCAGGUGGUCACCGAGGAGGUCAUCACAGACGACUGGGUGCAGCACCAGGGGGCCGAACGCGUGGAAAUCGCCGCAGAGCAGAUAGCUGGAAUAAGUAGCUCGCAGGAGCUGCUGGACAUGGAACAGGACGAGUAUACCGCCCUCCGGCCAUAUCCCUGCGACUUCUGCAGCCGCCGCUUCAGAAAGAAGGCCAGCUUGAACAAUCACAUGCUGGCGCACCAGAACGACAGGCCACACCUUUGCAAACUUUGUGGGGCUCGAUUCACGCGGCGCGCGGAGCUAAUCAGCCACUUCAAGGCCCACGCCGAGGCCCAAGAUGCGGCUGAUGCUGAGGCGGCAGCAGCAGCAGCAGCGGCGGCAGCGGCAGCCGUGCCAGCUUCUUCCAUCAAAUUCGAGUACCAGACCCAACGGCAGUUGGAUGACCACUUUUACGAGCAGGAGUGGUCGCUCGGCCAUCAGGAUCAGGGUCCAGUUCGACAUGAUCAGCACAAUCAUUCGGAGCAGCAACUUAUCUCCAGCAACGACUUGACGGAUGCCUAUCCGUCCGUGGCACCUCCAGUGGCUCCUGCGCGCGGCAGGAUCAGCAGGCUGAAACCCAAGGAGGAGAGCAGCCAGUUCAUCAUGAUGGCCGAGGGACAGUCGAGUCCCUACUUGGGCUGUGACCAGGAGCAACCAAAGGCCUCCGCCCAAUCCGGUACUUCAGAACCUCCGCCUCAGCCCAACUAUCCCAUUCUGGACGAUAAGAAGCCGUUCGUGUGUCAGCAGUGUGGUCUGGCCUUCGCCCGUGAAAAGGCGCUGGUGUCGCAUACGAAGAACCACCGCAUGGACUCGCCGUUCGAGUGCAACCAGUGUCAGGAGAUGUUCUGGGACAACAGCAGCCUGCAGGAGCACCUCAAGACUCACCAGUUCGAAGAGAGCAACUCGGAGUACGACCCCGCCUCUGCGGAGGACUCGGCCAGUGAAUCGGAGCCGGAGGAGCAGCUGUAUGGCGACUUUUACUGUGCCGAGUGCGGCAUUUCGUUCCAUCGCCAGGACCUGUUGCGGCGUCACACGAAGCAACACACAAAGCAGCCCGAAACACCGGCUGGAGAGAGGAACACUACCGUCGCUGCUGCUGGGGAAGUGGAUGCCAAAGAGACAAGCGGGGGAGGUAACAGCUGCCACACCUGCGGCAAAUCUUUUCCCACUGCCCUGGAGAUGCUCGCCCACGCUGAGAUCCACUCGCGGUUCCCACCCUUCAAGUGCGUCCUUUGCGGUAGCAGCUUUUACGAGGAGCAGGCCAUCAAGCGACACCUUCACACCCGCCACCCCAACGAGCUGAAGGCCAACUCGUGUGUUUUGUGCGGCAAGGAGUGCCGCGACCGGAAGGCCUUGAUCAAGCACGCCUGGGACCAUUCCCGCGAGAAGUGCCACUCUUGCUCGAAGUGCGGCAAGAACUUCCACAACAAGGCGCGCUUGAAGCGACACAUGGCGUCGCACCGCGACAAGUCUGUGGUGUGUGAGGUGUGCCAAGAAGAGUUCCCGGACGGGCGCACCCUCUCCAACCACCGUCACUCCCAUAGCACCACCUCGCCGGGCAAGCUCUUCCCUUGCCACGAGUGCGGCAAGACGUUCGGGUCGCGCAGCUCGCAGCAGAUCCAUGUGCGAAUACACACGGGGGAAAGACCCUACGGAUGUCGCUACUGCUGGAAGGCCUUCGCCGAUGGUGGAACUCUGCGAAAGCACGAACGGAUCCACACUGGCGAGAAGCCGUACGCUUGCUCGGUCUGCCCGCGAGCCUUCAACCAGCGGGUGGUGCUGCGCGAACACAUUCGCUCGCACCACUCGGGCCUGGACGUGGCUCGAAACACGUACCACUGCACUGUCUGCUCCGAGGACUUUCCCUCGUCUAACGACCUCAUCCAGCAUCUUAUUCAGCACAGCGACUCGAACACUGCCAAGCAGCGACAGCCAAUCACCGGACCUCGUAAGUACAAGAGGCGCCGCAAGCUUCAGCCGCACGAAAUCGUUCAAAUGCGGGCGGAGAGCAAGGAAGCCAAUGGCGAGGAGGAAGCCCUGGGUGAGGCGGAUCGCGAUGGCGAGGAGGAUGACUACGCCAGUGACAUUGACAUCUGCGACUUCGACGUAGGCGAUGUGGGCGAUGUGGACGAACUAUUCGACAUAGCCGAGUCCCCCAAGAAGGAGAAGCGCAAGCGCACAUCGACAAAAGCAGUUUCUAAGCACAAUGUUUCAAACGGAGGUGCGGGCACAACAGGAGGAGAUGGCUCGGCAAAGCCGACUCAGUCUAAGGAUAACACAAAGCUGCGAUACGAUUCCACAAGCAGUCAGCAGUCGGACCGCAUCUGGGAGGAGAAGUUCUUGCAAGACCAUCAAGCUCCGCUCUUCCAGAUAGAUUCGUUGGUGGUGGUCAACGACACUCCGCUUCAGCCCGCCAGUUCCAAAGAAUCUACAGCGGUGCCCAAAACCAGAGCUGCAGCGAAGCUACUCUCCAAGCCGGCGGAAGCCUCGACCAGCACGACUUCGACUUCGUACUCUUCGACCACAUCUGUGAGUCGUGGCAGAAAGAAACCGACUAACAAGACCUCAAGCAAGGCACCAUCCGCCGUCAGCAGUUCCUCACGCCCCCGUAUGAUUCACACGGAGAGGGCCAAGGUCACAAAGACGGCGGUAGGCUCUGAAUCCUCCUCCAAGAAAACGCGCUCCAAGGUGUACGUCACGCGCACAGAGACUGCCAGCAACAUGAGUGCGCUCGAAAAGUCCCGCAUUGUGGACGACUACGAGAUCAUCUCUCCGGCCACCCAGCCGCCCAAUCAAAUCAGCUCCAGUCCCCUGCACAUCAAGCAGGAGCAGGAGCACCAGCAGCAGAGGGUGCAGCUGAUGUACGACGACAACCUUCUGAUUGACGCCGCUCUGCUGCGGGAGAAGACCUACGAGAAGUUCAACCCCAGCAUCGUGAACGAUCUGGAGGAGAUUCUGCGCUCGCCGCUGAAACACGACCGUAGCUCCCGUCUGCGCUUUACCAGCGAAUCCUCGACUACGCCGCAGUUCCUGCCUGAGGAGGAGCAAAACCUGAUCAAAAUCGAGCCCACCUCGCCGGACCUGCGGGAAAUGGUGGAGAGUCAGCAGAGAGUCACUUCAUCAUCCUCCUCGUCAGCCAGAACCUCACGGCACUUGCGUCAAAUCACUGCCAACAACGGGACGCGGGCGGGGAGCAAGCGCUUCGCAGAAAAGUCGUCCCCCGGCGCAGGAACUUCGAACAAGAAGGCGUCCUCCUCCGCCUCGGCUGUCAGCAAAGUGGGCUCCUCCUCCUCGUACCUUGGGUACGGGGUGGAAGCGUAUAUCGUGAACCAAUGCGUACCUGCCAGCGGAAGCACUGCCGACGUGGGCAGCGGUUUCUUUUCCAUUUCGGAAGUGGUCUCCGCCGCAGAUGCCGCGGACGCUGCGGCCAAGGCGGCGGCGGCCGGAAAGUCGGAGCGGAAGACGCGCUUCUUCGAGUGUGAAAUGUGCACCGCCAUCUUCUACGAUCGGGCCCAGCUGCUGGACCACGUGCACAUCCACAUCUAGUAAGCAGCGCUUCACCCUGUGCUUCACAGCUUCCACAUCGCCCCAGGGAAGCAGCCUUGUAUUUUUGAAAUCUAUAAUCCUAAUAGUUAUGGUUACCUCAUCGGUAUCGAGCAUCGAAAAAGCCGUUGAAAUUUUGCGUUACAUUUAAACAUUGAGAGAAAUAUACAACUAAUGUAGACUUAGUGGAUAAGCUUUUAAGUUUGUACCUCAGCUUUUGUUUUGAAGAAUGGUAUGCUGGAAUAAAUACAUCAUUAAAUUA